AAGCUAUAUGCCCACCAAUGAUGUAAACAAAGAUGGUUCCCAGCUGUAUCUGCCCAGUUGUGGGCUCCUUUCACUCUCUCCCUCACCCCACAUGUUCCCAUCACCUUUUUCUCUCUCUCACUCCAUAUUCCAUUUUCUUUUUUCUGCUAUUUUUUUUUUUUUACAAAAUUUUGAUUAUCUUUCAUCAACUUGAAUGUCCUUUUUCCUUACUAUAAAAUCACUCUCCAUUCACUUGAUUAAAUCCUCUACUUCCUCUCCACUUCCUUUAUAAAUCCUUUACCCACAUUUUCUUUUACCACAAUUCUCUUCAUAUUAUCUUCUCAUUUGAUUCAAUCCAAGUUCUGGGUUUAGUUUCUUUAACUUCAAAAUCCAUUACCCAUAUUGGAUUUAUUAGGGUUUUUUGUUUUGUUUUUAUAAAACAAAUCAAAUAUCUUGAUGCUCAACCUUUUUGUGUUAAUGUUUGAGAUUCAUGUUUCCAAUUCUCAGUGAAAUCUUCUUUUCUGGGUUUAUGAUAAAUUCCACAUUCAUACGCAGGACCCAUCUUGUUCAAUCUUUCUCUGUUGUUUUCCUCUACUGGUUAUAUUACGUUUCAUAAAGAAAUAAUCAUCUUUUUUUAACUUAUUUAUCUUUACUACUAAGGUUUUUCUUUUUUUUUUUUAAUUUUAUUUGGGUCCUGCUAUUAUAUAUUAUAAACAAUAACUCCUAUAAUGGCUACAUCCUCGGGUUCAUCAGCAACACAAAUCAACUCAGGCUCAGAAGAAGCAUUAAUGGACGAAAGGAAAAGGAAACGAAUGAUAUCGAACAGGGAAUCAGCAAGGAGAUCAAGGAUGAGGAAACAAAAGCAUUUAGAUGAUCUAAUGACUCAGUUGACUCAGUUGCAGAAACAAAACCAUGAGAUCAUCACAAACAUAAACUUCACCACACAACACCUCUUGAAUGUUGAGUCAGAGAACUCGGUGCUUAGAGCUCAACUCAAUGAACUCACUCAUAGGUUACAGUCCUUGAAUGAAAUCAUCAGCUUCUUGAAUGAUGAUCAUGGCGAUGACGACGACGAUGAUGAUAAAACAAGCAUUGACUUCACUCAGCCUGCUGUAGCUGAUACUGCCUUCCUUAAUCCUUUCCAUUUGGCUUUCUUGAAUCAACCUAUCAUGGCCUCUGCUGAUAACACGUUUCAGUAGUAAUUUUCUAUAAUGCCAUAAUUUUAAUGGGAUUUUUAAUCUCAGUUUAUAUAUAUAUAUAUAUAUAGUUGUACAAGCAGUAGUAUGAAAUAAAAUAUGUGAAAAUCAUAAAGCUAUGGUAUGGUUAAUGGUAGAUUUUUUUCAGCUUUGUGGUGUUUCCAAAGGUUGUUGAUAACAGUUGUUUUUGACCGCUGAAUAAUAUGAAAGAACAUAUAAUGCUCAA